CAUUGAACAUGUAUGACAGAAACGUUUUUUAAAGUGGCUUUCGAAUGGCAAAACCUAGAUCUUUACUUUAUUUUUUGUGGUGUAACUACCCUUAUUCUCAGUGUUUUAGUGUUUUUCCUCCUGUCUUUCAAGUAUGGUUUUCAGUGUCUACAGAACGCACUCCGAGUCUCUUGGGCAACCUAUCAGUUGACUGACACUGACCAGUGAGAAUGUCACAUCAAUAAAAGCGGUUUAAGCCACAGAUUGUCUCCAAUGAACUUUUCAAUCUUUUCUAAGAAUUUAAAACCCUUCAGUCACCAUUGAUUUUGUUCAUGUCAUUCCUCAAUGUGGCAGCAGCAAGCAUUCGUCAUUGACGCUAAGUUCAAUGCACACAGAGCCCAAAAUCAUCCAAAUUUCAGAACCUUGUAUAUUCGUAGAAGAAACCAACUUCUCCGAGAUUAUUCCAGACCAGAUGAGAAUGGUUUAAGAAGCCAGUAUUUGAAGCUAAGAACUCAACUUUUGCAGCAACGUUACAAUGUAGAUUCCAUUAGCACAAGUCGAAGUAUCAGUGCCCGAAGCAGUAGCAGAGUGAGCUAUAUAAGCGAUACUCCGGAAAACAACUAUGUGCUCACAUGGGACAGUCUCUAUUUUGCAUCACCACCCUCAGACUCAAGCUCAAAUGUUAUUCCAACUCACCAAGCUGAGGCAUCCCGUGCCAUUGUUGGGGAUAACACGAUUGCAGAAAAUUAUGCCUUCGUUGGCGUACACCAUAUUUUUGACCAGCAUCGAGCUGCAGUGACGAUGCUUGCUUUUGCCCACAACGAUAGAUCAAAACUGGCUUGUGCAUCGUAUGAUGGAACGGUCUCAAUUUGCAAUGUAACCGCUUCUCCCCCGAUCGUUGAAAAUAUUUUCAAAGAACAUAAGUCUGCUGUUACUGGUUUCGAUUGGUCGGAAUCGAAUGAUCUCUUGGUGAGCUGCUCCGUGGAUGCAACAUUAGUCCUGUACGAUGUGUCUCAUAAAAUCUCUUUAAGGACCAUUCCUGAGCCUUCAAACCAUAGCAUUUUGUCAUGCCUUUUCCAUCCUAUGAAUAAUAAUUUAGUAGUGAUUGGAAAUAAUAGUGGCCUAGUGUCUGUUGCAAAUGUUUCAACAGGAAUUUAUGUUCGCGGCGCGGCAACCAAAGUUGAGGGUAGAAUUCUUUGCCUCACAUUUGAUGCAAGUGGCCGAUUGUUAUGGGCUGGAAAUGACAAGGGUGUGAUCACAUCUCUAAUCUGUGAUAGGACAGGCAGGAUAAACAAAGGCAAAAGAAUAGUGGUUGCUGAAAACUGCCCGAUAACAUGUUUAAGCUGGAGAGCAUGGAUCAGCCGAGAAGCAAGAGACCCAACGCUCCUCGUCAAUUGUGCUGCAAAUGUAGUUUGUCUUUUUAGAGUAAGCAGUCAAGAUGGCAUGCUAAAACUGAGGAAGAAAUUCUCCACUCGUCACAAAAAUCCAUCUUGUAUGGUCCGAUCUACUUUUUGUCCAAUCAUGUCUUUCAGACAAGGUGCAUGCGUAGUAACAGGGAGUGAAGACUCUUGUGUCUACUUUCUGGAUAUAGAGAGAGAAAGCAAGCCAGUGGUAAAUAAGCUGCAAGGACAUGCAUGCCCGGUUCUCGGAGUGAGUUUCAACUAUGACGAAUCUCUGUUAGCUACAUCGGAUCAGCAAGGAUUGGUGAUAAUCUGGUCACGAGAAAAACCUAGUUCAAAAGCAAUAGAUGCAAGUUAGAGAACUAUCCUUCAUUUUUGAAAACUUCCAAUGACUCUCAGUAUUAAGUUUGAUGAGUUAAUUUUUUAUUUUUCCAAUUCCAAUUCCCCAUUUUUGUUGUGUCCAUGAUUAUGGAUGGAGCGCUUAUGUGUAACUAUUAGGGCAGUCAAUUUACAUUUUCCUAGGAAAUGAGGUCUGAACCCUUUAAUUAACUGAUGAGGGGUUUUUUUUUGUUGUGUGUGAGUCAAGUGAUGACGUCCAACUGACGGUUUUUAGUCAUUUAAUUUUGGAGCUAUGUGAUUGGUCAAAAUGCAACAUACUUUUGGACCACUUAAGAUUCAGGAUUUUAUUACUGGCACUUGAGAUAUGAGAAACUGAUCUGUUACUAACGAGAAAUUUAUCUAUCUAUGAUACCAUCCAGAAUCAGUUUUUAGAAAGAUCUUUCAACACGUUCCUCUCUACCUCCUUCCACUUCUGCAUAUAUAUUUUUCAUCAACCCAUUUCAAGUAUGUCUGUUAUGUCCACAUACAUAUCAAUUUGAUAAAUCUGUCGUUUCAAUUUAGCUUUUUUCAAUUUCAUUGAGUGUGGAACUAUCUUUACGCCCCCACGUCUAUAGUUUUAAUGGAACUUUAACUGUCUCACCAGUAGUUUUUCUUUUGAACCAGACACAGAGUAUUUUAAGGAGCAAUGUUAUGAAACUCACUCGCAUUUUGAUCCUUUUUUUGUAUUUUUGAAGUGCAACUUCCAAUUACCUAAAAGCUUCCUUGUCAACAAAUCUGUAGUUUAAUAUGACUCCAUUUUAUGAUAAAUAUUGAUAGUUAAAGUUGAAAAAUGAGUCUUAUAAAUUGCGAUGUUGUAAGUUUCUGCUCAUGUUUUUAUCUUUUUUUUCCCACAAAUUUUAUUGAAAUUUAUGAAAAAGAAAUAGCAAAUGAAAAACGUUUCUGAAUGUUUCUGGGGGGAAAAAGGGAAUUCGAUUUUUUUAUACAUGUCGUCCGUGAGUAUUAGUUUGUUGGUCCUGGUACUGGCAAUGCUUUCAACCUUUUUCGAUGGAAACACUGGGUAUAGGGUGCUGGCAGCUCUGGGUUGUCAAAUUCCAAAAUCUCAACUUAUAUUUCACUAGCUGUUAGAAGAACGAACGCAUGUAUUCUGUUGAAACUUUCACUAAAUAUUCCUAAUGAUUUUACAAAAUUCAAAAGAAAGUUUACCAGUAACAUUUUGCGAUUUUUGCAUCUCUUUUUAAAUUAGGGAGAUUCUAAAAUCCUGCGCUCAACCCUUCACUUAUAACGAUGGUCCAAGUGCGAAAAGACGUAUCUCCAUUGCAGUGUUUCAAAAUUUCCGCUACUAUUUUAUUUUUUUUUCAAAAAGAGAAAAGCCAAUUUUAUAGUUUGAAAUUUAUACAGCACAUUCUUUAAAUAGAGAUGAAACAGCAAGGAAUUUUAAAUAAAUUGAAUUCACUAGUUUUCUAAAGAGAAAUUAAAAUAUGACAGGAAGCCUGCAACGUCGCAUACGGAGA